AUGAGUUCUGAAGAAGCUAUGGAGGCCAAGCUGAAUGAGAAAGAAAAUCUCAAAUCACUGUCAUUGGAAUGGUCUGAAGACCGCUCCAAUAGUGCAGAAACGGAUGAGCAGCUCCUCGAUAACCUCUGCCCUCAUAUCAAUCUCAAGAAAAUGUGCAUCAGACAAUACCAAGAUUGUUCAUUCUUCAAAAGUAGCAGUGGAUGUGCCUUUCCAUCAUUGAAGGAUUUACAUUUAUGGGACAUGCCUAACUUGGAGGAGUGGAUUGGAGUAGAUGAUGGAUGCAUGUUUUCUCAACUUCAUUAUAUGUAUAUCACUAACUGCCCUAAUUUGAGGGAAAUUCCUGCUCUGCCGUAUAGUCUAAGGGAAUUGAAAAUUUCAAAUGUCGGCUUGACUGCUCUUCCAACAAUAAAUCGGAAUUACACAGACAACAAUCGGCAAGAACAUUCUCAGGGUCUUGAAAGCUUAGACAUCAAACGAUGUGAGAAGCUUGAAUAUGUUCCAACAGAGUUUUUUCAGAAAUUCGACUCCCUCAAAUCACUUCGUAUAGUAAAUUGCCCGAAGUUGACAAAACAUUGGAACUCGGACAUCCAACUGCCCUCUACACUCAAUCAUCUCACUACUGGGUCAUGUGGCGACCUUGAGGUGCCACUGCUAUGGUUGGCAGAUUUAACCUCUCUUUCCGGGUUGAAAUUAGUCGAUUGCGCAACCAUAACAUCCCUUCCCCCAGCGCAAGUGUGUGCACAGUGGACGACGCUUUCCUAUUUAGCAAUAAAGAACUGCAAAGGACUGUCGUCAUUAGGCGGAAUACAAGCUCUCGUAUCCCUCUGUUGGUUAGAAAUUAGAGGGUGUGACAAGCUAAUUCAAGUUGCCCUGCAGCUGCAGCCUCCGUUCCCAAACGAUGUCGGCCAAAAAAAGAAUGCAGUACUGGACCGCUUUUUGAAGAAUGGUGAACUAUCAAUUGACCACCACACGCUCCUGCUCAUGGAGCCAUUGAGAAGUCUCUCCUCCAUCAACUUGUUGACUCUCUCUGAUGCUUCACAACUCACCACCUUACCUGAGGAAUGGCUACUGCAAAAUUGCGCUGCCCUCAAAGAUUUACAAAUAUGGAAUGCGGUCUCCCUUCAGUCCCUCCCCCAGAGCAUGACAAAACUGUGCUCCCUCAAGUGUUUAGAAGUACUGAAUGCUAAUCUCAUCCGGUCUCUUCCAGAUCUGCCUACUUCACUGCGUGCUCUAGUCAUCACCGGGUGUCACCCUGUGUUGAAGGAGCGAUGCCAAGAGAAUGGUGGCCUUGAUUGGCUUAAGAUUGCCCACAUCCCUAGAAGGAUGAUUAAACAGUUGUAG